AUGCCAGAUGUCAUCGACUUGAUCUCCUCAGACCCCCCACUGCCCGAAAAAUUGCGCCCUCAAAAUGAGCACCAAGCGACGCGUCAAAUCCCCCCACGAGGCCCUCACAACUUAACCACGGUGUCAUCGGACUCCAUCGACGUUUCGUUGUUUGACUACGACAGCUUUGACAAGCCAGCAAAGAAGCGGCGAGUCAGCGACGAGAAGCGAUCGCCCCUCAGACAGACCACAACGGCACCUGAACCAACGAUCCCCGACCGAAUUCCGCCUUUCUUGUUUUCCGAUGACGAUCCUCACCUGCCGCCCGCAAAUCUUGCGACGCGACGACGACCGGGACGCGACGUGGAGGAUUCGGAUCCCAUUGUGUGGGACUCCUCUCAGCCCACAUCCAAAUCGAAACCUCCGGAGCGACCACAUGACCCCAUUCGCGAGUUUUCGGAUACCAUUACCUUGGACGAUGGCGAUGAUGAUCUCGUCAACACGACUACAAAAUAUGCCCCGGGUCGAGCGAGACAGGAGAAAAUAGACGAAUUUAGUGAUCCAUUUUCGCUUCCCGACCUCGCGGAUGUCAUCGAGGUAUCGCACACGGAAACACCCAUGUCAAGUGGAUUAUUUUCCAGCAAAACCGCCGGACUGUUGUCUAGCCUAAACGCUACAGGAAAGGGCAGCAGAAGUCGCUCUCAAGCGAAACCAGGCGCAAGAUCCCGAUCACACCAGGAUGUCGAUCUAGGUCCUUUCCAUCUUUCUGAUGAUAUGGAUGAGCCGGCUCCACCGAAACGAGCCCCCAAAAAGUCAGCCAAGCUUUCAACGGAAGAAAAGGAGGCCAAAGCAAAGGCCAGAGUGGAGGCUAAGGCUCAGCGCGAACAAGAACGCCAAGCAGAAAGAAACCGAAAGCAGCAGCUCAAAGAAGAAAAGGCCAAAAAGAAGCAAUUGGAGGCAGACAUUGCGGAAGUCAACAAGCUGAAAGUGGAUAAGAAGGAUUCUACGCCCGAAAUGAUCAUUGAUAUGGCAUCAUCGUUUGAGGGAGGCGCUAUAGCCAAUCAGACUGUUGAGUUUAUGAAACGCCUUGGGGUUGAUCAUCAUUUCUUCACCAGCCCCAUUCCAAAUGUGGUCAAAUGGCGCCGAAAGUUGAACGCUCGAUACAACGAAGAAGCGGGUCAUUGGGAGCCAUGUCCGUUCCAUAUUCAGAAUGAGAAGCAUAUUCUGUGUUCGGUGUCUGCACAGGACUUUGUGGACAUGGUGAUCCCAUCCCGGGAUGACGAGGAGAAAGAAGCUCUGGAAUUCCAUAUUCUCAGACUGAAGAGAGCCCAUCCGGACUGUGCCGUGAUCUAUCUCAUUGAGGGACUUACGAGUUGGAUGCGCAAGAAUCGAAAUUCACGAAACCGGGCGUACCAAGCAGAGGUGUUACGCCAAUAUGAGCCAGCCAGCACUGAGACAUCGACCACGUCGUCUCGUGGUCAGAAAAAGAAAAACAAGCCAGAGACCACCCCACCGGUCAACGACGAUACGAUUGAGGAUGCCCUAUUGGAAUUACAGGUCGCUCAUGCGUGUCUCAUUCAUCAUACAAACACUGCUGCCGAAACUGCUGAAUGGAUUAAAAAUUUCACCGAAAAUAUUUCCACGAUUCCAUACCGACGUCAACAAUCUGAAGGAAAUGAUGCUGCAUUCUGCAUGGACGUCGGACAGGUCAAGACAGGCGACGAUAAACAAGACACAUUUGUCAAAAUGCUCCAAGAAGUGAAUCGCGUCACUGCUUCGAUGGCAUACGGUAUUGCGACGCAGUACCCCUGCGUAACCGACCUGGUCAAGGGCAUGCGCACGCAUGGGCCCACGAUGCUGCAAGAUGUUAGGAAAUCUGCCAACAAGAACGGAGGCCUGGCAGACUCCCGCGUCGGUCCCGCAGCCAGCAAGCGAUUGUACAAAGUUUUUACCGGACUAGAUCCCACGUCAACGGACGUCUAG